UCGUACUAUCAGACGUUCAAAACAAUUGUGACGUUUACAAAUCUUGUUGGUGUCUUUAGUUUUGCGAUAAUUUUGCCACGCACCAUGGGAGAUGCUCAAACUCCUAAUGUUGAAUCAUCAAAACCCGGUCCAGGGGAUGAAUCGGGACCUGAGGAGGACCGGCGACUCUUUGGAGGCUUAGAAUUUCAAGUUUCUGAAGUAGUCGGAAGAUUAGAAGCCGUAGUCAAUUCUCAGGAAUCCCACGAAAACAUGGAAGAGGAAGAAAAAAAGCCAGAACUGCGCAAAAUCAGCGCCAAUUACUUUGAACCAGAAGAAAUGGCAAUGGAUGAAAUUUUGAAGGUUUUAGAAGAUCUCGUAUUAAAGACUGAUCCUAGUUGUGAAAAUACCGAGCCUCCACUACUGCCGACUGAUGCUGUUACGCGUGCUGCUAUAUUGUCCCAUAGUAUUUCGGCUCUUUUUGGUAGGCUCGAAAGAAAUCAUGCGGCAAGGCUUGGAGCUCAUAUAGCUAGUGAAACUACGCUUUGGAUGUCGCAUAUGUUUAAACUCACAGACUAUAGUGCAUACUACCACCAAGAACAAAUGGAAGGUUUAGUAAGAGUAACAAGAAUGUUGCUGCAUCACAGAUAUCCACGUUACUUAGAGGAUGGGGCAUUAGCAUUUGCAAGCCGUCUACCGAGUAUAUACAGCUGUGUAGCAAGUCCAUUGGGGGUUGUCCAACAUUUGUGCAGACAGCUUGGCCUUCCACUUGCCUGUGUAAGACCAGUGCCUGUUGAUGCUACUGGUCGUGGAAUCGAUAUAGAAGCACUGGACAGACUUUGUGAAGAGGAUAUUAAUGGCAACCGAACCCCACUUUUAGUAUUAGGUGAGGUUGGUGGACCUCCAUUGGGCACAGGGUCGGCACUUCGACCCCUGGCUGAGACCUGUAAGAAAAGGAACCUUCACCUUCACGUCAGAGGACACGCAUUGGCUUUACCCGCUGCUUUGAAUAGAGAUCAGACCUACAAUAUAGCCGAUUCUCUUACACUUACGCCCGGUUCUUGGUUCGGCGUUCCCGGAUUACCCACUGUCACAUUUUAUCGAAUACCAGAACCAAUAACAGCUAAUGAUCAAUUGAAGGGAGUGAAUUCGGCGGGUAGUCGGGAAGGGACAUUAGCGGUUCUAGCUGGCCUUUGUAGUGGGUCCGGUCGUCUAAGCGCACUUCCAUUGUGGACCUGCGCACGCGCAGCUGGCGCUAAACGGCUAGCAAGGAGACUCGAUGCGGCCUUUAGAUCUGCGAGGGCAGCACGCGCGCUGGUUGCAAGUGCUGAUUUAAGGAUUUUGAGCGAACGACCGGGCGGCGAUGAACCACCAAACCUUGAUAUUGUUGAUGCGCUGAGCCAAGCAUCAGCCUGUGUGGCGUUUCAGUUCGCGCCUCCCGGAGUUGAAAGACCGCCACCGUACUUCGACAAACUCAACUCCUGGCUGGGACAGGUCUUGCAGAGGGAAUCGGAUAUGAUUCACAUAGAAGUAUGCGAAACAGAAAGUUAUGGUGUGGUCCUGAGGUAUUGUCCCCUCGAAGGGUCCCUUCUAGAAGAGGAUUCAGUAGAAGCGUGGGCCUCCGUUCUAGAAGCUCAGCUGCAUGUUUUACACGCAACCGUGGCUUUGAGAGAACCGUUUCAGGAGAGAGUGGCUCAGCAUCCGGCGUUACGACUGAUCCAUGUACCGGGAUGGGCUGGUCUCGGUGGUGUCAGAUACGUUCCUGCGGGCUGGGAAGACGCACCCUCAGAAGAGAUAAACUCGUUAAAUAGAAAAUUAGUUCACACGUUGCGGGCAACAGAUGGUGCUUUCUCGUGUAGCGAAGGCGAGGAUGGUAUGUUUUGUGUUAGAUUCGGAAUGGUAACAGCGGAUACUGACGUUGAAGAGUUGUUAGAAUUGGUGCUUGCGGCCGGUAAAGAGGUUGAGGAGAGUUCAAAGGUGCUUACAGAUAUGACUGAAGUAUUAAAAAAAGGUAUAGAAGCUGCUCAAGAGGAGUUAGAGCGGGAAGCCUCUCAAGAAGGGUUAUUACGUCGGGUUCCAGUUGUAGGCAGAGUGGUCUCCUGGUGGGCCCCCCCUCCCCCUGUUACUGGAAGACGGCUUCUCCUCACACACGGCGGCACACUGCAAUCUACUAGUGAUGUAUAUAGCUGCGUAAAGAAAGAAAAAGAUGAGGAACCUGCGCGUGCGCAUUCGCCAUCUCGCCGCGAAACGGUCGAGUAACAUCACACACGCCAAAGGCAAUUUACAUGUAGUAUUAUAAGGCACGUAACUUGGCCAGAUACGACAUUGGCCAUCUUAUUUGUCGAACACUAUACCGUACAUACAGUCGACUUCAUACAUUGUCACACCAAAAAUUGCUAUACUGUGAUAUCAAUAAUGUUUUUGAUUGGCUGUGCCGUUAUUUUUCUUAUUUGGUUUUUACUCUGUAGUGAAUAAGAUUUACACUGUAUAUGAGUUACGCACACUUAUGAAAUUUAAACGAACAUUUAAAUUUAGAAUACCGUCUAUAUUCUAAAUUUGAAUUUUUUAAUUGCAAUAAACGUACUUUUAUUUACCAAAAAUACAAGAUAAAACCUUGAAAGUCUAAUGUUAUAAGUGUGUUUUGUCUCGUUCCUACAAAUUAUAUUAACACUGAGAUGGAAAGAGACUUUUUAUGGCUAUAUAGUACAUUUAUACGGUGAUAUAGUAUUCAUUGAUUGUUUAUAUGCAGCCGACUGUAUAAAACUAGUUUUAAUUAAGGUAAUGUAACAUACCAUAAUAUUUAUUAUAAAUCCAAAGUUUGAUAAGUUCUUCUUAAGUCGAGUUGAGGUUAAAUUUAGAAUUGACAAAACUAAGUUUGGACCCCGUAUAGGAUUUUGCCAUAUCGAGUUUAUUUGUUGUCUGUUAUUUUUGGUACUAACCAAAGGUAAUAAUGGUUCUCAAUUUGACUGAGCGGUUGUCUAGAUCGUCAAUCAAACUUAAAUAUAGUUUCAAGAGCUGUUAUUUUUUUCUGUAUGAAGUCAAGAUUGUGAUUUGACUUAAAAUAUGGACCUAUAUCAAGUUUUAAACUAGUUUAUCAAAUAUCACUUAUUCAUGGUGCUCCAUGUACACUUAUGAAUAUCCGAAAAAUGCUUCUAAAUUUACAUAUUCUGCUGGAAGAUUUCAGGUGAAGUGGAUGUUCGGAAAUUUGUUCAUAUCCAGCAUAAUUGUACAUAAUUGUGCAAUUGUGGAUAUAGUUUCUUUUUUUGUAUAACGUUUAUUUGUCAAAUUGUAAGCUUCUAAAGAAUUGUCGACUUAAAUAGAAAAUUUAGUAUUUUUAAAUACAAAAGAAGUAAAAUUAGAUUUUUUUAUUUCAAAAUAAAGCCUAACGUGCACCAGAAGUUUCAAAAUGGUAUCAAUUAUAGUUUAGGAAAUUAAAUUUUUAACAAAUUUUAGUUUAAUAAAUUAAUAACCAUCCACUUCACGUGAAAUGCCCCUCAAAUCAAGGGAUCGUACGAGAAGAACUGCCAAUAUUGCGUCACACUUUUGGCCAAGGAGUUUUACAUAAUGUUUUUCAGUUCCUGCAUCCAUUACAUCACCUUAUAUCUUUGAACUAUGUUGGUUCGGUUGUCUCGAAGGUCCAACGAUUAUUGAAAUAAACCAAUUUAGAAAACUUACGAGUUCAAGUACCUUGGUGUUAUUAUUAGUAUACAUGCGCACAUCAUGCAUAGCUCAAAGUUUACUUAAUCGAUUUUGGUAAUACUUAAUAGAUUUUUAAAUCUCGUCAUCAUCUUAAAUCGUCUUGACUUUUACGAGAAAUUUGUGUACAAACAUACAUACACUAUUGAAAUUUAGCACGUGCUUGGAGCUGAUAUGACACUUAUCAAGGAUUUCAAAUCCAUACAGUUGAAACUGAUAACCUUUUGAAGUCGGUUUAAUUUUUUAUCUUCUUGUAGAUUUUCCGCAACUUUAUCUGGUGUAUAAAGCUAAGAGAUUGGCGAUCUUCUUUUUAGUAGUUCCAACACCUAGAAUCAUAUCUAAUAAAGAAAUUCCAUUCACCCGAUAUUUGAUUAUUGUAUUUGAAUGAAAAAAUACCAAAGGGUCUUUUAUUUAAAACGGAAAAAGUCCUUUUUACUUAGAAACUACGCACAUUAAUUUAAUUAGUAUACUUUGAUAUUUAAUUAAACAAAAUUUACGAAAGUAUUUGCACUUAUCCUGGUGAAAUGUUAAUUUAAAAUAAUGUACUGUAUCACUUAGAUUAAUAGAUGUUCCGGAAUUUGAAGUUAUAUAAAUAGGCAUUGUAGUUGGUCUAGUGGAUUCAGCCUCAAAAAAGCCAGUUUCCUCACGAUGUUUUCCUUCACCGUUCAAGCUAAUGUUAUGCGCACAUUGAAAGAAAAUCCAUUGCUGCACAGCCGAGGAUCGAACCUACGACCAGGGAUGAGAUUUGCACGCUGAAGCCACUAGGCCAACACUGCUCAAGCCUUCAAGCCUCAACCUCACUGAAAUCGUGCGCUCUAAUCGAUUGUCUACCAAUGGAAUUUUCGUUGUGUGUGUACUUGCUCCUACGGUGAAGGAAAACAUCAUACCGGCAUGCCUUAAAUCUGACAUGUGUGAGGCACAGAAGGCUGAUCUUCCAAUAUCGAAUCAAAGAAACAGAUGCAAUACGAGGCCAAGACUCAUUAUUCCUAGCCGCUAACUUCGUUUCGCCUUGAUAUGAUAUUUUACUUAGCCUACCUUUUCAGUAAGUACAUACCAUCAGAUGUAAUAUUCGUUACCUUGAAGUUUAGGUUAGUUACAAAAAAUGAAAAUAGGCUAACUUCUCUUUCCAUAAAAGACUUAAAGUGAAUUUAAAAACAGAACUCCGGUUGGUCCAGCCAUCUUCGAGUUUUGCUUUAGUUUACCUAUAAUAUGUGAUUCAUUUUUAUUUAUAUAGAUUAUUAGUCUUAAAAAAUAAAUCAGUCUGUUGCACAAUAAUUGCUCUGUUUUAAUUAAAGUACACAUUUGUCUCUUUUUAUCACAGCGUAAACACAAUAGGACAAAGAGAGACGAAAUAGCACUUGUUAAAGCAGUGCAAUUAGAAUAAUUGAGUUUUUAUAAUUAAAGGAAUGGUCUGGCCGCAUCAUUCACAAUUCACAGGAUUUUGCCAAGUUUCUUGUGAAUUGUAAUAUAUUUUUGCUGUAUUUUACAAUGGAAUUUAAACGUUGGCGGCCAUUGUAAAAUCUUUAACAGUAAUUUGCUACCUUUUAGGCGCAAAUUAUCUCAAAAUUUUCUUUGUAUUUAAGCAUAAUUUCAUCUUGUGAUAGUUUAUUAUGCAGUAUUUAUUUUAGUACAAACAUACCGAAUAUGUAUUGAUAAUAUACGUACGUUUUAGAUAUAUCUCUAUCUUAAAGAUACUAUUAGAGAAGGAUAACAUAUACUGCCUACUUUAUUGAAUGCAUUUGACAUCUUUCACUGUAUAUAAUUAAUAUGUUCAAAUUAGAAACGAUAAUUCUGCUUGCAAUCUACCAAUUAGCACCUUUGCAUGUAAUUAAAUGAGGCAAAUUUUAUAAUAGUAUGAUUAUUAGAUAUUUAUUGUAAAACUAAGGAUAUAAUAAAGUUAUCCAACGUUA